UCCAUAAAAUCCGUUCCCUGGUCAUGACAUUUCGCUAUAUUUCGUCGUAGAAAAGGUAUCACCCUACAACAAUAAGCAUCCCGCAGCCUUGCAGUUCCUAAGUAAUCUGCGGUCAGUCAGUCAGCCAAUUGUCGCUAUCGUAUACAUUUGCACAACUCACUACAUACUAUAUUUUUCCUUAAAUCUACUAUUACUACACCUUUUCAAAACUAUCAUCUCCAUAGCUAAGCAGUAUUCAUCAAAAUGGUUAGCAAUAGUCCGAAAAGCAUGCGCGAACUCUCUGACGAGGAUCAGGUGCAUCUAUGUUCUCUUAGGAAAAUGAGUUCAAUUAUCAUUCGCAACAUACUCAGCAUGAAACAACGAAUAAGCGACGAAGAGGGUGAAAUUGAUACCUCUGUCCUUGAAUGUCGUUUGCAAAUUGUUGAAUCGUACUUUCAACGGAUUUCCGAGGUGCAUAACAAUGUUGAAAUCCUAGUCCUUACUGAUGUUUCGAGAACGGAGAUUGAAGAAAUAUACAUUGAAGCAAAAUCGAAACUCUUGUCGUUAAUCAAUUCCAGAAGCCGCGCGACCGAAUUUAAUUCUAGUGUGUUCAAUGCUACAUCAUAUAUAAGCAAUCCUCAUCAAAACCGUCUACCAACACUUAAAUUGCCGAAGUUCGAUGGAAAGUAUGCGAACUAUAAACGCUUUUUCCGCGCAUAUUCCAACAUGGACCAGCCUUAAGCGUCAUCGAGCCAUUUCAGGUAACAGAAGAGAACUACCCGAAAGCUUUGCAGCGACUUAAGGAACGGCACGACAACAAUGUGCUGAUCUUCCGAGACUAUAUCGCAUCACUUUUUGGUAUUCCAGUUAUGAAAACUUCGGACGCUGUUACCUUGCGGAACAUCAUCGAUACCGUUGCAGCACUUCGAGAGUAUCUUCAUUCACUGGGAUCAUAAAAAGACUUCGUGAAUUCAAUGCUCAUUUAUAUUGUUUUAUCUACAUUAGAUUCGGAUUCGAAAUCGGCCUAUAACCAAAAGCAAUGAUUUGAA